GGCCUGGCGCCGGCGGCGGCGGAGGGAGCGCCGCGGGCGGGCGAUGUGAGCGCGGCGCCCUCGGCAGAUUACGCUUCAUGUCAGUAGAAAUGGACAGCAGCAGUUUUAUUCAGUUUGACGUGCCCGAGUACAGCAGCACCGUUCUGAGCCAGCUAAACGAGCUCCGCCUGCAAGGGAAACUAUGUGACAUCAUUGUCCACAUUCAGGGUCAGCCGUUCCGAGCCCACAAAGCAGUCCUCGCUGCCAGCUCCCCGUACUUCCGGGACCAUUCCGCACUAAGUACCAUGAGUGGCUUGUCCAUAUCAGUGAUUAAAAACCCCAAUGUGUUUGAACAGUUGCUUUCGUUUUGUUACACUGGAAGAAUGUCCCUGCAGCUGAAGGACGUGGUCAGUUUUCUGACGGCAGCCAGCUUUCUUCAGAUGCAGUGUGUCAUCGACAAGUGCACGCAGAUCCUGGAGAGCAUCCAUUCGAAAAUCAGCGUCGGGGACGUGGACUCGGUGACCGUCGGCGCCGAGGAGACCCCGGAGAGCCGGAACGGAGUUAAAGACGGCAGCUUCUUCGCCAACCCCGUCGAAAUCUCCCCUCCCUACUGCUCUCAGGUACGGCAGCCCGCCGCCGGCAGCGAUCUUCGGAUGGAGACAACGCCCAGCAAAGCUCUGCGCGGCCGCCUGCAGGAGGAAGGGCACUCGGACCGAGGGAGCAGCGGGAGCGUUUCCGAGUACGAGAUCCAGAUCGAGGGGGACCAUGAGCAAGGGGACCUGCUGGUGAGGGAGAGCCAGAUCACCGAGGUGAAGGUGAAGAUGGAGAAGUCCGACCGGCCCAGCUGCUCCGACAGCUCCUCCCUGGGGGACGAUGGCUACCACACCGAGAUGGUCGACGGGGAGCAGGUCGUGGCGGUGAACGUGGGUUCCUACGGGUCUGUGCUCCAGCACGCCUACUCCUAUUCCCAGGCAGCCUCCCAGCCCACCAGCGUAGCGGAAGCUUUUGGAAGUUUGAGUAAUUCCAGCCCCUCCAGGUCCAUGCUGAGCUGUUUCCGAGGAGGGCGUGCCCGCCAAAAGCGGGCUUUGUCUGUCCAUCUGCACAGUGAUCUGCAGGGGUUGGUGCAGGGGUCAGACAGCGAAGCUGUGAUGAGUAACGCCGGGUAUGAGAGCAGCCCCCGGGAGAGGAGUGUGAGAGGGCACUGGUACCCGUACAACGAGAGGCUGAUCUGUAUUUACUGUGGAAAGUCCUUCAACCAGAAAGGCAGCCUCGACAGGCAUAUGCGACUCCACAUGGGAAUCACCCCCUUUGUGUGCAAGUUCUGCGGGAAGAAGUACACGCGGAAGGACCAGCUGGAGUACCACAUCCGGGGCCACACCGAUGACAAACCGUUCCGCUGUGAGAUCUGCGGCAAGUGCUUUCCGUUCCAAGGUACCCUCAACCAGCACCUGCGGAAAAACCACCCGGGGGUCGCGGAAGUCAGGAGCCGCAUCGAGUCCCCCGAGAGAACAGAUGUGUACGUGGAACAGAAACUAGAAAAUGACGCGUCGGCCUCCGAGAUGGCCCUCGAUUCCCGGAUGGAAAUUCACACAGUGUCCGAUGCUCCUGAUUAAGAUGGUAAAGAAGUGCACCCAAGCAAAGCACAUAAAUCAAUGCAUAGUUGUGAUUUGCUUUGUUGUAAUCUUUAGUUCUCCCAACCAUCUGGAAAUCUCUUGGUCUCUUGGCAGUUUUUCUAAGGUUUCUGGAAGGAGCACUUCAUUGUGUUUAUCCUUUCCUCCGUCCUCCCCUCCCCCAAGGAGCUCAAAGCAUGAAGGGCAUCAUAUCCAGGGAAAACACAGGCUGACAGUAUUCCUCUUUGGCCGAACUCUGAAUCCAAAAUCUGCCAGUGACUUAGCUAUGCCAACUGGUGACCCUAUAUUUUCCGCCAAGAGGCGUGCGCUCUCGCCGGGGCCGCCACACCCCGGCACCAGUGCACCUCCGUGGAGAGGGGCUGAGAUGCCGUCAGCUGAUACAAAUGGGUAACCUUUUCUAAUUUAAAGUUACUUUUACGGAGUAGUUAGACAAUUUAUAUAUAUAUAUAAUAAAAUGAUUAUUAUAUAUAUAGUAUAUAUACAUUCUCAAAUUCGGUUUUAUUCUGGUUGAGGUGAAUGUAAGAAGAAUAUAUAAUUUAAUACAAUGUGAACAGAGCUUUUGACUCUGUCUCGUCCCUACCUAAUGUGUUAGGGUUUUGCCCCUUUAUUUCCCUUACGAAAGAAUGUUAAUAGGUUUUCAUAUAUAUUAAUCAUUGUGUCCAAAAGCAAGCAAAGCAAAUCACAGUGUUCAUAGCUCUGCUUCGUAACAAAUACAUAAACCAAAUGCCAUAAAAUGUAUUCAACUCUAGUUGGAAACCAUUUGGAAUUUCUGUUAGUUGUCCAGUGGGUGAGCUGGACGACCCGUGGUGCUGACCUUUUCACACAGUGUCGUGUUUUAUUAGCCAACCCCAAAGGAGCAGCGGUUUUCAGUGUUUUUACUGGCCUCCGAAUCUACCUUCAUUCCGUACUGUAGAAACAUACACACCAGGUAACUAAAUCGAAUCACUCUCUACCGUGAGUUGCUACUCGCACUAAAGGAAAGGGAUUUGUAGUUCUGUCUACAAUAUUCUCCAAGCAGUGUUGUGGUUGUUUGUUUUUGUUUUGUUUUUUGUUUUUUCCUUUCUUUCUUUCUUUUUUCAAACAGCCAGUUCAGGUGCACAGCAACUUUUUCUACAUGCAGUUCCCAGGGAAACUGCAGAACUUGGAAUUUGUACUUUUGUAAAGAUAUACUCUACGGGAAUUGCAAGCAAUAUGUCUCUCUCAGUAUCGUGUGUGCUAACGAGAGCCUCCGAGGCUCCCCCACUCAGCGUUUCCUGCGUACAGAAACCAACAGCUCAGAGCCCUCUGAGACACUCUGUGUCACCAAAUCCGUGUGUUUCACCUCGUUCUUAUUUUGGUCACGUGGUGCUAUUUUUAUGUUGUGUGUCUUUUUAGGUCAGUAUAGCCGUAGAAAAUGUGAAAUUAAAUGGUAAUAGUGAAUUACAGUUUUUUUCCUCUCCAGUUUAUAGCUUGAAAAGAGACCUCAAAAGCAUGUGCUGGCAAACACAUUACUGUAUAAAAACACAGACCUAUUUGAAUAAUGUUUUAUUAGUGCUUUAGGAAAUGUCCUCAGUUCUAUAUUUUGUUCACCCGUGUGCUUCUAGCAAACAAAACGGGCUUCACAAGAUUGCUUUGGGACUGCACCGUCCGACAGAGCAAUCUUGUUGAGAGCAGCAGCCGGGCGGCAGCGUGCGCAGCUGCCAGCUGCCUGUGGGGGGUCAGCACUCCAGGCUCUCUGCCGGAGACCUUGGCUCGGACCCUCACAGCCAGUGCGUCUCCUCCUCCUCCGCGGAGAGCAGCACAAACCACCUAAAAGAAAACAAGCAAAAAGACCAGCCUCAGAGGCUAGGAGUUAAAGGAAUACAAAAAUAGACGUUUGCUGGUUUUCCAUGCUUUUUUGGCUCUUAAAAUGCCAAGAAUUGCGGGGGAGGGGUCGGGGGGUUGUUUUUUUUGCUUGUUUCGUGGGGGGUUAUUUUGAGAAAAGUGAGUCGUUCAGGCCCUUGUGUGUGACCGUCCCCGGGAGCGGCAGCUGUGCGGCGGCAUCUCUUCAGCACACGGGGUGUGCUCGCGUGUGGGCUGCGGCGCCCGCACCCGUGUCCCCGCGCACAGUCUGCACUCAGUCCCGCUGCCCCCGAGGGGCGGCCCUGCUGAAUCGGGUAUACUAUGCCUUUUCCUGUCAAACUGCCUAAGUAAGGGGCUUGCCCUCUCCCCGGAGCACUUGCUCAACUCCCGUCAAAGCCGCGUGCCUCACGGGGAGGCUGGACCCCCAGUGUUUACCCACUUAAAUGUGUUCUGGGGUUUCAGGUAAAUGUUUGUGGCUUUUUUUUUCCUUAUACGAAUAAGUUUGGUUUUGAUUUUUUUUUUUAAAGAAUUAAAUGCAAAAAUUUGUGUUGUGAUACAAAAUUGAGUUUGUGACAAGAAAUGCCCAAAUGAAGGACAUGAGAGGUGAGGCUCAGGGAAGGAACCUCCUUUUCUCUCAGGCUUGAGGCCCUCGGGGAGGCCUCCAGAGCUCUGCGGUGUGUCCGACCAGGCGGGAGGAGAGAGCACUUGGGGCGAGCACCUCGAAUGUCCCGUCCUUGUCACGUGUCCGUCUUAGCCUUCUCUGUACACGGGAGUCUUUGUCCUUGUAAAUUCGUGUAACUGGUUUGAGUUUACCAAAGAGUGACUUAUCCAAAAUUGUCUUUGACAAAAAUAUACAUUGCUUUGAUUGUACAGUUCAGGUUCAAACAUUGUAAUGGGACUAUUAAGGGGCAGAAAAUUGAUUGAGUUUCUCUCGAAUAAUGAUUCCACAUUUUGCAAGUUCCACUUGCUCCCAUUCGUGUUGCUAACACUUUACCCUUUCCACUGCUAGCAGUGUUAAGAAAGAAUUCUCAAGCCAUAACACAGUACUGUAGGGUUCCGCAGGGCUUCGAGGGAGCGGCGCUCGGCCGUGCGGCCUCUCUGAGCGUGCGUCCUGCCACGCCUCUCCGUGUGCGUGGCGGGGGAGAGAUCACUCCAUUCUGAUCGGGCAGCAGCGAUCACUUGUGCCUUGUCACGUGAGGACGUGCCAGGAGGACUGACGUGACCACAGAACAGAAACAUCCUCUCCCCGAAGCUCACGGCCCGUCUCCGCAGACGCAGGACGCUGUGUGACUCCUUAGAACAGCUCUUUUUGAAAAGCGAAGUCCCUCUUUCUGUACAGUUUUAGAUUAGGUGUUUCCUUUAUGACAAAUGCAAAAAUCAAUUAAGAUUAAAGUGAUAUGUGAAGAAGUCUUUUACAGUAAGAUAUAUCCUGAAUUCCUACAGGUUUGUUCAUAAUUGAGUCUCUUCCUGAGCUACCUUUCCCACACAUAGACAAUGUGAAGACAGUGGCAGCGUCCUUUUCUAUAGGGGUUUUACCUGUUCUUACAAACUGUGAAAACAAAGGAUUUUAUACUUUAUGUGAGUUUGUGGUUCUAAACAGUUAUUUUCAUUUUAAUCAGUUCUCUACCCUCUAAUUUCUACUAAAGCUGUAAAUACAUUUAGAAAUUAUAUUUGUAAAUACAGUAUAUGAAGACAAGUUCAUUUUUUGGUCAGUGGAAAACCUCCCAGUUGGCUCUGCCUUGGCCUUUUUUUUUUCUUCUUUUUUUUUUUUUAAUAGAAAGGAUACUGUCAGUUCACUGUUAAGCAGAAUAUACUGUAGAACUAAAUUGAUCAUUUUUAAAUCUUCCAGAGCAUGAGCAAACGCCUUUUCUCAUGACAGCAGUUAUAACCGAGUCUUUGUUUUCCCUUCGCCCAGACCACGGGCCUGCACAUUGCUGUGUGUGGUUUUGCUUUUACUUUUGUCUCUACAGCCUGGACCGUAGGCAGGGUUUGCAGGAACACGACCCAAGGGCUGAGGGGGAGAAAUCAUUCACGCGAAUGAGCUUUACUUUCAAGAAAUCAGUGUGUUUUACUUUAACAGCCUUUCUCUUAGUUACUGUGAUGUCUCGUCGUCAUCGUCGUGUCUGCGUGGUCAUUGUUGAAUUCUGUAAUGGUUUCCUGUGAAGCCUCCACUGAAAGGGACUCAAAUAUGCAACACCUGAACUAUUUUCCAAGGGCACAGGCCCCUUGAAUGGUGCUUCUAGACUGGUCAGGGUUAUUUAUUAAAUUUUAUAUAUGAAAGUAUUGGGGAACUAUGUAAAUCCUUUAUAUGAAACUCUCUAGUUCACAAGUCAUAGAUUUCACAUUACUCAGCGCGACUGAACGCAGCGUUCAGCAGAGUCAUUCACAUUGCUCCCGGUUUGUGACGGCUGUCACACGCCGCACGCGUCUCUUCUGGUGAGUGCCGGCGCGUGCCCGCCGUCUCUGCUCGACCUCCCGGCCCGGGGGAGGGCCCCCUCCCUCUGGGUCUGCACAGAUGGGGCCCUCGUAGUUCUCGGUCAAGUCCCGGAGUGCCCCUGGCAGCAGACGCAGCGCACGGACCUCUUGCUGCCCCUCAGUGACAAGUAUGCUGUGAACCCAACCUUUGGACUUGCUGCCUAAUAAGCCUUUGGUUGCUGCCCCGAUAGAGCAAGAGAUACACUUACCUGCUUUCUUUGCGAAUGACCGUUUUCCUAAUGUGAAAACCAUCUCUCUCACCACUCGUACUAGUAGGGCUAACAUUGUUUUCCGUUACAAAUGGUUGAGCAAUUUGAAUGACUCGACAGUGUCAUUAUCUUGCAAUAUAAACUGGUAACCUCACAACUCCACACUUCAUCGCCAUAUGAAGUAAAUGAAGCUAGCUAAGCGGAUGCUGUUAUCAACUAGUAACUUGCCAUUAAGGAUUAUUUUAUAGCAUGAAUUUAAAACUAUUUAUUCAAAUGAUAUUUUACUCUUGUAUUCAUUUUGUUUUCGAUUUGUGACAUGACUAUUUCAGUGCUGCUUAAUUUUGUUCUGAAUCCUUGUUUCUUGCUUGUAAAUGGCUUUUUUAUGGUAUAAAUAAAGUCCAUUGAAAUUGCUGUUUGUAAAUAAAAAUGCUGCUAGAGCGAA